AUGUUUCGGAAUACUUUAAAAACUUAUCCUUACACAACUGACGUAAAUAAUUAUCAAGAAGUCAAGGUGGAUAUCGAAAUAGGUAUUAAUAAAUACAAAAUUUUGACACAAUCAGAAAAAGAUUAUUUGACCUAUCAAUUUGGAGGAUGCGCUUCUAUUUAUAAUGCGAUUUGGAAAGAUGGAAGGUUUGAUACGUGGGAUAAGGAAAAUCGUCGGCUUAAAAGGGCUGGUACACAACAUGUCAAGUCACAUUUGAACUUUAUGAACAAGAUCGCUUAUGUUGUUCGUUGUCAUGGAAUAACCCGUGAUCCCAAUACGCAAGAUUUCAUGCUAGUAUUAAACCUUAUGGAAUGUAGUUUACGAGAAUAUUUACUACAAUACAAUGAACAUAUUAUAUGGGAAGAAAGAAUUAGGAUUGUUUAUGAUAUUGCAUAUUCCCUAGAUAUGAUUCACCAAUUAGAUGCUAUCCACAGAGAUUUACACUCAGGGAAUUUUCUCCGAACUAGGUUUUCAAAAUGGUGGUAUAUUAGUGACUUUGGUUUAUAUGUUUUAAGUGAAAUAAGAAAACAAUUGCAAACAAUUUAUCAAAAUGAAUUAAAAAGCAAUAAACCUAUUCUGGAUACAAUACUUGAUGAUAAAAAGACCAAAAAUCAAACUUUUUCGUCGUCUGAAACAACUUUAAGCAAUGUAUAUAACUUUAAAAACCUUCCUGAACCACGCAAUAAAAUUCAAG